GUGCUGUGCUGUGCUGUGCUUUUAAUUUGAAACUGUAACCAAACCUCCGAGUGAGCCUGGCUGAGUGAUCUGGGACUAUGAACUUUUUUUUCUUUGGGAUUUGGGAAGGCUUUGGCAUAUUGUUUGGUCUUCGUAGUGCAAAGCUGUAUUGUCAAGGCUGAAGUUCCCCUGGAUUACAGUGUGUCGUGCGUCCCGGUUUAAAGAUGGAAGUGCAGAACAAAGUGCUGCCCUGUGUGAUCCCAGAGGAUCGUGAGGUUCAGCAUUCGGUGGUUAACGGGAUUCAGCUUGUUGAUGGCGGGGAGGAUGAAGUGCCUGUCUCCAAAUCCCAGAGGAGACGCAGUGACAUAAAAGUGUACAAGGAGUUCUGUGACUUUUAUGCACGAUUCAACAUGGCAAAUGCUCUGGCAAAUGCCAUCUGUGAGCGCUGCAAGAGUGGCUUUGAACCGGCUGAGAAGAUUGUGAACAGCAACGGCGAGCUGUACCAUGAGCAGUGCUUCGUGUGUGCACAGUGUUUCCAGCAGUUCCCAGAGGGUCUCUUCUACGAGUUUGAAGGGAGAAAAUACUGUGAGCAUGAUUUCCAGAUGCUGUUUGCGCCCUGUUGCCAUCAGUGUGGUGAGUUCAUCAUUGGUCGUGUGAUAAAGGCGAUGAACAAUAGUUGGCAUCCUGACUGCUUCUGCUGUGACAUCUGCCAACAAGUCCUUGCUGACGUGGGCUUUGUGAAGAAUGCUGGCAGACACCUUUGUCGCCCUUGUCACAACCGUGAGAAAGCUAGAGGUCUGGGGAAGUACAUCUGUCAGAAGUGUCAUGCCAUCAUUGAUGAGCUGCCUUUGAUUUUCAAGAAUGACCCAUACCACCCGGAUCACUUCAACUGCACCAACUGCGGUAAGGAGCUGACUGCUGAUGCUCGUGAACUAAAAGGGGAAUUGUAUUGCCUGCCCUGCCAUGACAAGAUGGGAGUUCCCAUUUGUGGUGCCUGCCGAAGACCCAUUGAAGGGCGUGUUGUCAACGCCAUGGGCAAGCAGUGGCACGUGGAGCAUUUUGUGUGUGCUAAGUGUGAAAAACCAUUCCUUGGCCACCGUCACUAUGAAAGGAAGGGACUGGCUUAUUGUGAAACUCACUACAAUCAGCUGUUUGGUGAUGUUUGCUACCACUGCAACCGUGUGAUUGAAGGAGAUGUUGUAUCUGCAUUGAACAAGGCUUGGUGUGUGAACUGCUUUGCCUGUUCUACUUGCAACACCAAGCUGACACUCAAGGACAAAUUCGUUGAGAUUGAUCUAAAGCCGGUCUGCAAGCCCUGCUAUGAGAGAAUGCCUGAGGAGCUAAAGCGUCGUCUGGCCAAACGUGAAAGAGACUCCAAAGAAAAGAAAAAGAAAAUGCCAAUCUGUUUGAACAAGUUUGUGGAGUUUGACAUGAAACCGGUCUGCAAGAAAUGCUAUGAGAAGUUCCCUUUGGAGCUGAAGAAAAGACUAAAGAAGCUGGCUGAAACUGUUGGACGUAAAUAAACUGCAAGCUGUGCACUUUGCACAGUUUAGAUGAACGCUAGCCAUACUGAGCUUGGUUAGAACCUAAAUGAGUUUAAUAUAGACAGAAUCUGAAGGUUUGGAAACGCAAAACUGUAUAUUCAUUGGAAGUCAAACUUAUGGAUUUAGUUUUAAAAUAAAAUUUGAAAACAUCAAGGUAUGAAAAGAUAAGGAUAAUAGAUUUUGUCACCAGAACGAUCUUGUCAAUUAUACUGUACCUUUUUAGGAUUUUGUAUUUCACACCAAUGUAUUAACAAAAAACACUUCUAUCUUAUCUGCGCCAAAUAUGUUACUCUAGGUCUUUCUAUACUCUCUAUUUUAUGACAAUUCUACUCCAAUGCAUGAUGUGCAAAUUGAAAUUAACUUAAUGUUAAUCCCUUUAAGGUUGUGGAGAAACGAAAACUUGUGCAACUAACAAGAACAUGGGAACUUGCAUUCUCCUAAAUUUAUGGAAUGCAUUUAUUCAUAAAGACAUGUAGAUUGUUAAAUGCCCAAAGAAACUAUAUUAAAUGCUUUUUGUCCAAUUUGUAAUGUAGGUCUCGCUCCAUUUCUAAAACAUUUGUUAAUGUGGUUGACUACUAUUAACAAAGAAUACCUGUUUAUUACAAUCACAUUUUAAUGAUUCAUUACUAGUGUAGAGAUGAAUGCUUGGUUAUGUAUAAAUGCCUUACAUUUUCUUGUAACAUUAAAUUGCUAUAGCGUCUUAUUAUGAAGAAAUUGCUAAUGUUUAUAACACUUUCAGGACACAGAACUAGAUGCAUUAUUGAUGGUUUAUAAGAUGUUACCGAUUUAAUGCAGUGGUGCUUCCUUAAUGGUGUAAGAGUCAAGCCUAUUGGAAACUCGCUAGCCAUCACACAUUGUACGGGCAGCAUAGAAAGUGAGUAAGUGGGUCCGAAUACAUGACAACUUUGACCUAAAAAUCUCAUAGCUUUUAAAAUGGACUGUUUCUAUUGGCACUGUUGUAUAGCCUGCUAUAUCUCCUUUCUGUUUCUUGUGCCUUAUUUUUAUAAUAGCAGUUCAAUUAGAAAGAAUCUUUAACUGUGUAGCCCAAAUGCUUUGUUUUGACAA